CUCGCUCACCGGUUCUUCUUUUGUACUCCCAAGAAAUAUUGCAAGACCAAUUAGCACAACAUGUCCAAAUUCACACUACGCUGGGGCAUUCUCGCCACUGGAGGCAUCGCUGAGAGCUUCUCGAGAGACUUGACUGUCAACCCCGAGACUCGCAAUGUCAACGACAUCAAGCACGAGAUUGUUGCUGCUGCCAGUUCAAGCAGUGCCGACCGUGCUAGUCAAUUCUUGAAGAAGGUCGGCGCACCCUCUUCAGCGAAGGGCUACGGAUCUUAUGAAGAGCUGGUUGCCGACAAGGACGUUGACAUAAUCUACGUCGCUACACCUCACUCGCACCACUACCAGAAUGCCAUGCUCUGUCUUGAGGGUGGAAAGAAUGUCCUCUGCGAGAAGGCUUUCACCGUCAACGCUGCGCAGGCAAAGAAGCUGGCAGAGAAGGCCAAGGAGAAGAACUUGUUCUUGAUGGAGGCUGUUUGGACAAGAUACUUCCCCUUGUCCAUCUACGUCCGCGACAUCAUCACUUCCGGUAAGAUUGGAAAGGUCCACCGUACCUUCGCCGACCUGUCCAUUGGCACUCUGCCUGAAGACGCCUUCGAUAACUCCCACCGCAUGGUCAACCCCGACUUGGCUGGAGGUGCUCUCCUCGACCUGGGCAUCUACGCCUUGACCUGGGUCUUCCAGACUCUCUACCACACCCAGCCCGAAUCUGCACGUAAAGCACCUACCGUCGUUUCAUCCCUCAAGAAAUACCCCACCGGCGCCGACGAGAUGACCACCAUGCUUCUCACCUUCCCUCGUUCUGAAGAGCUUGGUGGAGACGCUCACGGUAUCGCCACCACCGCUUUCCGCACCACUCCUGACCCAGACGGCAAGGGCAGCGCUGGUCCCGCCAUCCGUGUACAAGGUGACAAGGGUGAAAUUCAAGUCUUCCACCCCGCUUUCCGCCCCUCCAAGACCAAGCUCGUUCUCUUCGACGGCACUGUAGAGGAAAAGACCUUCACUCAACCCGGACCUGGCAAGGGCUCUGGCUUCUACAACGGCUUCGGCGACGACAAGAACCCCGAGGGCGAGGGUCACGGUAUGUUCUGGGAAGCCGAUGAGUGCGCUUUUGCUCUCAAGGAGGGUAGAAAAGAGGGCAAGUACGAGGGUCUGCAGGAGAGUAUUGUCAUCAUGGAGACCAUGGAUGAGGUGCGCAAGCAGAACGGUAUGACCUACCCUGAGAAGAUCGAGACGACCAAAUUCCCUACUCAGCUGUAAACUGGUUGACUCACGUAAUAUAUGAUGAUAUAUGAAGGCUCAAAAGUACGCCUCAAUCUGGAGGUUCAUUCUAUCAUACCUGCUAC